AUGCCUUGCUCUCUGUCAGUCUGUUUUGCGGUGGGGGGAAUGGAAAUGCUGCCCUUAGGAAUUGAUGUCCAAGUGCUCACAGAGCAUUUCCAUUACACCUGCAAUGUCUUCUUCGCAGUGCAAACCGUCUUUGCGCAGGUGGAUAAGGUCAUCGCGGCCUGUAGAGAGCUGGGAGUUCGCUGUAUUGUGGCACCGUUUGAGGCAGACGCCCAGCUCGCCUAUCUUUCUCGCACAAAUCAAAUACACAGCGCUAUUUCGGAAGAUAGCGACCUCUUGGCAUACGGGUGCAAACGCGUAAUGCUCAAGAUGGACAAGGAGGGGAAGUGUGACGAACUGCUCCGUUCCUUGAAGGGACUGAGCCACGAGCAGUUCGUUGCCAUGUGCGUCCUCGGAGGCUGCGACUACACCAACAACGUGCACAUCAACGGGAAGGAAGAAGUUGUUCUUGGUCAUAUCCAGGCGGAGCAAACCUUCCUGCACCACAAAGUGUUCGAUCCGAAAUCCCAGCGUGUUGUGCUUAUCUGCUCCGACGGGGCACAGGAAAAAGGGAUAGGUAUCGAUACUGUCGAGGAGAAGAACGAGCGCGCCAUCGAGAUCGCCAGCGGGCUUAUUGACCCCCGCACUGGUGCACCCCGCAACACAGCCCUGUCCCCCGCGGAGUGCGAGCUCAUCAGGGAAUGCCAACACAGAGCCUUCAACGGCCUUGAGGCGCAACAGCUCAAAGCACAGGCAGUAGCCAACAAGGAGGCAGCCCUCCGUAGUCAGGCAGCAGUGCAGGCUGCGAAAGAAGCUGUCUUGUCGGCUGUAACGGAAAGCACGAAAAAAGCUGUGGCUGACAAGCCUACACACAAGUCCACAGGGUAUACUGUGCGUAUCGCCGCGCCUCGGAACGAUGAGGCCCCGCCUUCCCAAAUCGAUAGAGCUCCUCCUAGCGCAUGCACUCAAGAGGCAGUCUUGCACACCACGACUGCCGAUAAAUCCGCUGCAAGCGUUAGUGCAGCAAAGCGGCUAUUACAGGACAUGACGCCCCAAGGCUUCCAGGUAGUCACUAAGGCUGCGCUUGCCACAGACAUUAAACCCCAGCCAGCUGAGGCACUUUCAGGCUCCAAUUUAGCAAGCUGCAGAGAGGACACGCCACGCGAAUUCAGCGAGACGCCUACGGACUCGACGGAAGCAGACACAGCAAGCAGCACUCAGGAGAGCGCCGUGGCUUCAGUCGCUUGUAGCCUUUCACAGUUUGCUUUUAAGUGGGAGACAAGUGGCGCGAAGGAAAAUAGGAUCUCAGCAACUGGCCGAAGAGAUGUGAUAACCAAAACGCGGUUUGCGCACCGCACGAAACUCCUCUUUUCUGCGAAGCAGCCCGCCCUUCCGUUUUCCUCUACGAACGCCUCAAUAGGCACAAUGAGCUCCGCUGCCGAUAGCUGUAUACCUCCUUCCACAACUCCGGGAGGGAAGAAGGGCGACUCACCAGCGGAUGGACCGCCCUCAGAGAAGCGAAAGUCUGUCGGAUUUCUUAAGGCAGACGAUACACAGGCUUCAUCCGCAGCCCUUAGCAUUCGAUUUCUAGAGGACAACCACAAGAAGCAACGGCUUCUUUGA